CCACAUGCAUUUUGCUUUUCCUGUUGCUUUUCUUGCUGUUGAGAAGAGAAGUGAAUUUACUCCUUCUGGAUCGAUCUUCAUCUCUUUCCAGGGUGAAGGAACUGCUUCAGCUGAUCAAGGAACGCUCCGGUACCAACCAUGUUUUUCCACCAACCUUUCCACACGUUGCUGCUGCUCUUCUUAGGAGCAUCGCUGGUUUUGGCUGCUGCUCCAGAGACAAGGAGUUCAGAUCCAAAUUCCUGCCCAGUAUUGGCUUGUGGCAACCCAGGAAUUGCUGGUUUACCAGGGAGAGAUGGAAGGGAUGGGGCCAAAGGAGAGAAAGGAGACACGGGCCUCCAAGUGAAGGGUCAACCAGGAGUACCCGGUAAGGCUGGUCCUGCUGGACCGAAGGGAAACACCGGAGCCCCAGGACAAAAAGGACAAAAAGGAGAAAUGUCAGCUGUUGAUACAGUCCAAAGGCAGGUGGCUGCUUUGGAAAGGGUGGUCCAGACAUUACAAGCUAAAGUCCAGACAGUACAAGCUGAAGUCCAGACAUUACAAGCUGAAGUCCAGACAUUACAAGCUGAAGUCCGCAAAAGUCAAAAAAUCUUCGCAAUGCAGGGGGUGACCACGAUUGGAGGGAAAACCUUCGUUUCAACUGGUCAGAAUCACAAUUUUGCCAAUGGGAAAGCUCUCUGCAGCAAUGCUGGUGGAGCUCUGGCAGUGGCCAUGAAUGUGGCUGAGAACACGGCCUUGGCGGCCAUGGCCAAGCGGAACGGCAAGCAGAUACACCUGGGUGUGACUGACCUCCAGACGGAAGGCAAGUUUGUGUAUUUGAACGGACAAGCGGUGAGGUACACUAACUGGAAAAGCUCUGAGCCUAACAACUUGAACAAUGAAGACUGUGUGGUACUCAUUCCAGAUACCCUGUGGAAUGACAUUAGCUGUGACCACCAAACCCUCAUCAUUUGUGAACUUUGAUCUAUCUAGAACGUCACUGUUUGCAUUCUCAGGGGGUGUCCAUGGGAAAAGAAGGCAAGGGGCUCAAGGGAUGCCAUGCCAUUGUCAGGCCAUCAUUGGUGCUCUUAAUGCCAUGAUGCCAUGACACAUUUUUGACAUCUUUGCGGCUUGCUAUCCAUGUUCUAGGAGAGGGCAAAAUAACUGCAUGAGUACAUUGGUUUUGCUUUCCAGGCUGAAAAUGCAAUUGUGAUAACAAAACAAAAACAAAAAGACGCAAGAGAGCUACUGUCUCCGUUUUUCUCCACACGUGUUUUGUCUCACAGUAUUUCAUUGUUAUUAUAUUUUUGAGAAGCGUCCUUCCAAGUUUCUGGACUCUCGGGAAAAGCUGUUGAGCAGAACGAGAGAAAGAGCAAAUUGUGGAAUGAACAGUCCUCUCCUUAAAUCUGGUAACUUCUCAGAUGUUUCGUUCAGAUCGAGCUUUUGAAAAGGCCUCCAAAAUUCUGAGAAGUAGAACAUAGAAUAAUAGAGAGAUGGACGGGGACCUUGGAGGUUUUGCAUUCCCCAAAUUUUCCGGAUUGGCGGCCCAGUGGGGGGAGGGGAGAGGCAAUGGUUCUGCAGGAGCAGCAGGGCCAUGCACAUACACAAGUUCAUUUGUGUGAGUGGCAUGCACGCCGACCCACUGCCAGUGGCGGAUUAAGGCUCACUGGUGCCCUA